CUGUUGAUGAACACGAUGGUACCGAUACUUGCAGCCUUCAAGGAUUUGCACAGAGCCCGCAAGCAAGUUUUUGAUGGCGAUGCACAUGCUUUGGCAGAAACAAGAAAUAAGAUCAAUCAGGAAUUCCGUAAGAACCUCUCGGAGCAGGAUUCAAGUAAAAUAGAUGAGCUUUUGGUUCUUGCUGGAGAUGUUUCCAAACUUCUGAGGACCACGGUCGUGCAGUUACGUCAAAAAGAUGAUGACACUUAUGAGCUAAGAGUCACUAAAGAUACAGAGAUGCGAGAGAACACACUGUUUGAUGAAGCUGCGCAAAUACCUCCAAAGCCUCGCAGAAAAAAAUGCUCCGAUGCCCAGGACUCUUCAAAAACGUGAAUGAAAAGGAUUAUUAUUGGACUCCUGUUUUGUUUGUAGUGAGGAUAAUAUUUAUGAGUGAAUCUACAUUCUGUGAAUUUCACCUUUACGUUCUCAAAGGAAUUAAAUGAUUGUGGGAUAUGACGAUGCCAUAAGCUUAUUUGAAAUACAGUGGGAAAUUCAGAAGAUGAAUUUUGUGGCCGAAUUUACGUAGUUUUUUGUAAGAUUUUUUUACGCCCUUGAUCUGUGUAGCAGAUGGAAGAGAUGUCAUUUCUGUGUGUUAAUUACAUGUUAUGGGCACUGAGAAAACCGUUUAGAUAUUGUCAAAAGCAAUUUUGAGAUAUCGAUUGGAAGUGAACCUAAGGCUCUAUUUCUGUUGCAAAGAAAGUUUUGUGAAAUUUGGAAAGAUAAACCAUUUCUGGAUCUUCAUUUAAAGGGAUUUUUCAAGAAUAACCCUAAACCUUUUUUUUUACACAUUAUUUUGAUGACAUCAUCUUCAAAGCCUUUCUCACCCUACAUCAAAGUAUAGGCCACGAACGAACACUUUCCACCUUUUCCUGUCCUUUUCUAGCCUCUUUAUGUUUUUUCUUAAUAUGACAUACAACGGGGGAGGGAGGGUUUAUAAUUUGAAAAAUAAUUAUUCAUGUGGAGGAACAUUAACUUUUUUGGGCACCCACUAUUGUAUAGUAUCAAAUGAAAAAGAUCUUUCUCACCUUUCCUGAGAAAUCCAUUUGAUUGUGCCUGAAUAAUGCAACCUGAAACAGACGGAAGGACUGUGGGUAUUUUAUUUCAUUCCUUUUGAUUUGGGAAAAUUACAAACACCACUUUCUGAAAUGGGUUUCUUCAAAGCCUCUCACCUUUGUCAAGCAAGUUUUAGGGGGAGUUUUUGUACUGUUGUUGGGGGUGGCAUAAGGGUUGUUCAUUUGUCGGAGUGUGUCUUUUUACCUUGAUGUGUGUUUGAACUGAAUGCAGUGAAAGUGAAAGAAAGGGCAUGUUGCAAAACUCGCCAAUAGAAAUCGUAAGUGAGAAAAUAUUUAUUUUCUUUUUAUUUAUGUGCUUUUCAAUGUUCAGUCAUAUACAUUAGGUUUAUUUCGUUGGAUGAAUAGAGAGUGCAUGGAUGUGACACUCAGAAUGACUUGCAAUAAAAAUAAAAAUACUUGA